AUGUCUGUAGUGGGGCGCUUCCGCUUGAUUGUUCCGGCCGCGACGGCCAAGCCUUCGCCUGCGAUUGGGCAGACUCUCGGUCCUCUCGGGAUCAACAUGAUGCAGUUCUGCAAGGAGUUUAACGCGCGCACAGCGAAGAUUCGCCCCGAGGUUCCUCUCCAAGUUACGAUCGUUCCUCUCACAGACAGGUCAUAUAAGUUCAGCAUUCGCGCGCCGAGCAACAUCUGGUAUCUCCUUCGCACGGCGCGCUGCCCGAUGGGAAGCGAAAACCCUGGUCACGAGAGCGUGGGUAACGUCACCCUCAAGGAGAUUUACCACAUCGCGAAAUGCAAGAGUAUGGACUGGCCGCUGAUCGGCAUGUCUCUGCGAGGAAUCUGCCGCUCGCUCAUCGGCACUGCGCGAGCCUCUGGCAUCGAGAUAAGCCGAGAAAUCCUGCCGGCGUACCACAAGCGCGACUACACAGACGUCCAGGCUUUAGAAAAUAUGCGCAAAGACAUGCGGCAACGCAAGAAGGCCGCGAAGCGCGCGUCCGCGAAGAAAUGA